GGCCCGAGUUCUUUCAAAUGUUUAAGCUCAAAAUGUGUUCUACGUUGACCGCGCUUGCACUAGCUUUAGUUGGGGAAAUUGUGCUGCUGAAGGCUAUAUACAUCAAACCGGACGUAGCCAACGGUGGCGAUGUAGCGGAAAACAGUUUUCCCUACAUGGUGCAGAUCCAACAGUUUAUGGUCGUUAGCUACGUGCAUCACUGUGGCGGUACGCUGGUAACGUCCCGCUGCAUCCUUACCGCGGCACACUGUGCGGUGGACUCGCUGAAGCUGCGCGCGAUCGCCGGCACGGUGUGGCGCGAUUCCGAAACCCUCGGCCAGCGGAGACCGAUCGUGCGGCUGCUGGCGCACGAACGCUACGUCCAGGACGGCACAACGCACCCGUACGAUAUCGCGCUGGCGCUGGUGGAGGAACCGUUCGAUGUGGAUGGUCGGGCGAUAGCGGUCAUUGCACUGAUGCCGGACUAUUACGACCCGCCCGGGGCGAUGGAUGUGCUCGGGUUCGGCAAGAUCGACCAUGAUGACACGCUGCCCGAUCGGCUGCGGGUGGUCGAGUGUCGGCUGCACGCCGUCGAGGACUGCCAGAAGCAUCCGUCCGAAGGGACGCUGUGCGUUGGGAAUCCGGGUGCGACCGCCUGUCAGGGUGAUUCCGGUGGGCCCGUCGUCGGACGGAUCGAUGGGUCGGAUUGGUUGGUCGGGGUGGUAUCGUUCGGUAUGAAAUCGUGCGGCACCGGACCGAUCAUCUGCACCGAUGUGCGCGUGUACAGGGAGUGGAUCGGGCAGAGAGUGUUCGAUUUGAGCGUGUGGAGCGAGGAGAACGAAGCCGACACAAUGAUUGAUGUGUAUGUUCAGCCUUACUUAUAA